AUGGACCGUAAUUUACAUCCAUUCAACACAUUGCAGAUGGUAAGGCACCUCACGUGGUAGCCUCGGCCAAAUCAGCAAGGCUCACCCUAAUGGGUACGCGUCCACUCAUUGCAGCAAGGUAUCUGGAGAAGGAAGGAGAAUGGCAGGUGGCUACGGAUGUGUCCUUCACAAUUCCCAGGUUGGAUGAAGGACAAAACGUAGCCAAAAUCCUUCAUGAAAAGGUAACAAAGGAAUUCCCAUUGGGACUGUACGGAACAGUCGACACCUAUGACUGCUUGGAGACCAGCUCCGUGCAAAGUGCACAUGGGAAACAGCAGGACCAACAGAGGGAAGGGGAAUGGCAUAGCUCCGGCGCCUUUUCUCCCAUAAUCGCCAAGAUGCCAGCAAACACCCAACUGAACAGUGGAAUGAUGUGGAGACCAUGGGGAACGGUCACAGCUAUUCCGUACAGUGUCCUUGCGGGCCCGGGGAUCUCAGCAGAACUGCUGGCAGCCUCGGUAGCACAGCUGCUGAGCUCCGGCAUCUUGAAUGGAGACAGUGAUCUAGAAGCCAAAGCUUUCACCAUGGAUCUGGACAGGUUCUAUAGAAGCGACUAUUCGGAGGAUGACAUGGAAGAAUGACAGGAAGAUGGAGUCACCUCAAAGUCGGCCUUCUUAAUGGACCUAGGAACCAGCGGAAGCAUUGGAGAAUACCAAAUAGUUGACG